UUUGAUCCUAAUUGCAUAUAAGAUCUGAAGUUUGAUUUCUCUUUUUUUGCAAGCCCAUUGGAUGAGUAUGUGUCAUCUUUUAAUUCAUUUCUUUUAACCUUCUAUUACCUGUACUAUCAACUUAGCAAGGUUUCGGUACACUUAAGAUGGUCAGAAACGUGCAUAACUGUUAGAUCUUAAUGCACUAUACUGUUUUAACUGUUUGCGAUUAAUCACAGUUUAUUAUGUCUGAAGUCAGUUGUUUUGGUAACAUAAUGUUUUCUGAAGUGUUCUUGAUUAUUUCAUGUAUAUAGAAUAGACCAAGGAUAUAUUUUCAGGUGAUGAUAGUAAUGAGCUUUUUUAUUUUAUUUUUCUGCUAAGGCUUUUGCAUUUGAUUCCUCCAGAUUAUGGAGGGAGAAACAUCAUGGAUCAAUGAUUGCGUUGAUGAGGCAAGAGAAAUUAGUGAGUUUGAUUCAUUCUUAGAGCUUAGUGACGAAGCUAAUAAAGAUGAUUCUGGGGUUUCUGUUGACUUAAUCCUUCCUGAUGACCUUUUGGAACGAAUUAUAGCUUAUCUCCCAAUAGCAAGCAUAUUCAGAGCAGGCUGUGUGUGUAAAAGAUGGCAUGAAAUUAUUAGUUCGAAAAGGUUUUUGUGGAACUUCUCACAUGUUGUAUCACAAAAGCCUUGGUAUUUUAUGUUUACAAGCUCUGAUGAUCCAAUUGGUUAUGCUUUUGAUCCCAUCCUUCGAAAGUGGUAUGGUAUUGAACUUCCCUGCAUUGAGACAUCCACUUGGUUCAUUGCUUCAUCAUGUGGCUUGGUUUGCUUCAUGGACAAUGACAGCAGAAGUAAGUUAUAUGUCUGCAACCCUAUCACCAAGGAUUGCAAGAAGCUUGAGGAGCCCCCUGGUUUGAAAUUCUCUGAUUACAGUGCCCUUGCACUCUCAGUGAACAGAAUAUCACAUGGCUAUACUAUCUCAAUUGUGAAGUCUAAGCAAGUCCCAGGAAAUUUUUUCCAGUGGGAUCUGUCAAUUUAUAUUUAUGAUUCAGAAACAAUGAUGUGGGUGGCCUCCUGGACAGAGGUGCUGACCGGGUGGAGAGGUGGAGAUGAGAGUGUGAUCUGUGAUGGGAUUCUAUACUUUUUGAUAUACUCAACAAGGGGUGGAACACCAGAAAAUCGCCAUGGCUUGAUUAUGUAUAAUCUGUCUAGCCGAUCUUCCCAUGGUUUGCUGAUUAGGAGUUUUAUACCAAUACCUUGCCCUCUCACAUGUGGUCGCUUGAUGAACCUGAAGGAGAAGCUGGUAAUGGUGGGAGGAAUUGGUAAACAAGAUCGACCUGACAUAAUUAAAGGGAUUGGGAUCUGGGUUUUGAAUGGAAAGGAGUGGCAAGAAGUUGCCCGAAUGCCCCACAAGUUUUUCCAAGGGUUUGGGGAGUUUGAUGAUGUUUUUGCUAGCAGUGGGACGGAUGAUCUCAUAUACAUUCAGAGCUAUGGAGCUCCUGCCCUUCUUGUUUAUGAUAUGAAUCAGAAACAUUGGAGAUGGUCACAGAAGUGUCCUGUAACUAAGAGGUUCCCACUUCAGCUCUUCACUGGUUUUUGCUUUGAACCCAGGCUUGAGAUUGCUCCUUAGUUUGUUCCUCAUUUGAUUUGGUGGUAUUGACAAAAUUAUCUGGAAUUCCCUCAUUUUCCUUUAUAAUUUGUUUUACUCCUAUUAACAGCUAUCAAGAAAUCUGUGUUCCAAAAAUUCUAUACACAAUGGGAAUAUUAUUCUUUGCAUUGAGAUAUACCACAUACAUGAAUACAAGUGUGACUGUUUUUACAUUGAAGAUAGUCCUUUCAGAAGAGUUCUACUUUUAAUUUCUAUCCACUGCGGUUUUAAUUGCUC